UUCAUGAUUCUGUGAUUGGGGGUCGGGUUCACUAUCGGCUCAGGCACGGCAUAGGGCAACAAUGAAUGCACAUGUUAUUGGUGUACUGCGAGGACAAGGAUGCUGAUUCGUAUGUGCAAAAUCGGUUCUGAGGCUCUUGUUCCACAAGAACUGAGGGCUGAGAGGCUCUUGCCAAAAUUUCAGGUAGUUUGCUAUCCCCCCCAUUUUGCUUGUUUGUGGUAAGAAACCAAAUGGUAUAACACAGCUAACCCAAAUCCUGAACUACUACAAUAUCGUUAUUAUAUCUAUUAAAAAUGAGUAAAAAUGUCAAAGAACUUGGAGGCUAAUAUUCUCUACUUAAAAGCGUUUAGAAUUGUAUGAUAAGGAAAAGCCAUUCCAGCUUUUCUUCGACAUUCCUGAAAAUGCAACUGACAAAAGACCGGAAAAUUUACACUUUGAGGAACUUUCAAAGCUCAUUACUGAUAUGCGACCAGAUGUUUUGAGCUUCUCUUUGGAUGAACAAGGAUUCAUGAUUCAAGAGCAUAACACCAAGUUAUCCUGGGAGAAGUUUGUAAACCGCGAGAAGGUCGAAGAAGUUUAUGUUCCUGAAAUUGAAGCACUCUUGAGGCAGAUUGAUCCAAGCAUCGAUCGUGUUUAUUUCCUCGACUCGAGAGUAAGUCAAGCUAAUCAUGACAUUCUGUGGUAAUAUCCGCAAUGCUGACUAAAACCAAUCACCUGCAGCACCGUUCUAGUGAACUCGCAACAGAAACCAAAGAAGGACGGAUAGACAUGAACAACUUAACAUCAUUGUUGCAUCCCGCUCGAGCUGUGCAUGUAGGUAGGUUGCACGCUAUUCUGUUGUAUAUUUCAAUACACUGGGUCGCGUUGUGCUAAUUGUAGUCUGAACAGAUCAGAGUCCCGCGGCUGUGUUGCAUCGUGUUGAAUUGCAACUGCCAAAUGAAGCCGAGUUCCUGUUGCGAGGAAGAGUAAGGGUAAUCAAGUGCGCAAAAGCAUCAAAGACAUGAAUGAAUCUAACCGGUGAGAUACGGUGCAUGGAAGCCCCUGGUCGAUCCUGUGGAAGUUUGGCCACUGGCGAUAUGCGAUGACUCAAGUGUUCGCAACGAAGACUUGGUGGAGUGUGAUUAAGCCAGACGACGCUUUCGAGGGGCAACAAUGUAUGCCCAUGAUAGUCCGGAUAAUCGGUGGUACUACCUGAGUGAGCAGAAACCACAAGAAAUGCUCUUUAUGAAGAUGCUCGAUUCUGCUUCACAUGUAAAAGCUACCCGUGAGUUGACAUAAACCUGGCCAAUUUCAUCUUUCGACCUUCAUUGACUCGAUAUACAGGUUGCCUACAUGGUUAUUUCAAAAACAACCACUGCCGAGUUCGUUGCCCCUCCGCGGCGAAGUAUUGAAUUGAGGGCACUGGUGUUCAACUACCCGAAUCGAACAAGUUAAAGAGUGAUGUAUACAAGGGAGAAAUUCCUUUCUAGUGAGCCUGGAAGGGGGCGCAUUGAUGAUUCUGACCCGAAACGUCACGAUAGCAGGCUUUUGUAUCAUUACUAUUUUCCUUGAGACCUUCAAGACAGCAGAACCGCAUCAAAUAUCACGACUGAUUGUUGAUCAUGGACCGAAAUUGAUUCAGUGCUGAUGUCCAGCGUCUUUUCCAGAAGUCCAAGUAAAGUUCGUUUGUAGCUAAUCAAUAUUAAUCCAAUAUCCUGAGCCAAAUAAGGCCCCCUUUUCAUUGAGUAGUAUGUCGUAUUUCAAUACGUCACGAGUUUAUGGGCUUACGUAGAUAUCACUUCUCCCAACCGAGCUAUUGAGCCAAACUUGUCGAAGUCCAGGCUGAGCGGCUACAUCUAUUACUCGAAACCCCGCUUCUAGAGCUUCAGCUACCAACGUGGAUGUCUGCUUCUUUUUCCAAGCUGUGCCAUAAAGCAUAGGUGGAUGUGGAAAGGGUAUGUAUGCGGACGAAGUGCGAUGCGUAUCGUUCGCAGUCAUGGCGUACACGGGGAAAGUUUAUUUUAAAGAGCGAGUGAGUUUAGGU